CCUUUUCCUUGUCAACACUGUAAGUCUUUAAUGCAUCUUUCUAAUUCCUAUCCGAAAAAUCUUGUGAUUGCUGCAAAAGAACCAGGGAAGGAAGAUGGAAAGGAAAGUUUUAAUUUCAGGGGUAGGAGUGCUAGUAUAAGGCCUUAUUUUUGGGCUCCAUCCAAAACUCACUAUGUUGAGAAGUUGCCCGGUUCUUCUGCUCAGGAUCCUGCUUCCAACCCUCCUGUUAAAACUAUUCCCACCAUCCCGUCUACUGUUAAUGGACUACCUCUCCUAUACCAGCCGCAUUCUCCUCCCCCUUCCCCCAACAAAAUGCUUGCCUCGUCUGUUGAGAACACUCUCAGGAAAGACAUUCCAGAUACUGGGGUCUCCUUUAAUUUGGGUAUUCCAAAUUUAAAUUCUCCCAAUGCUGCUGCUUCCUCUUCAUCCACUAACCUUCAAACUCAAUCUACGUCCAUAGAGAAGGAUUUUGUAUCUCCUAAUAAGUUUGACAUUUUAAACCUGGAGGGAGAUGUCAAGGAUCAAACUGUCAAUUCUAGUGAUGACACUAUUAUUGAGGAACCGAAUUUUGAUUUGGAGGAAAAGGAGAAGAAACAAAAAGCUAUUGAAAAAACUAUUCUGUCUAAAAUCACUACUACAUCCAAAAAACCUACUAAGGGCAAGCAGGGUAAAAAGGUCCCAUCCAAGCAGAAUUCCUGAUGUCUUUUCCACCUAUAGCUGCGUGGAA